UGUAAUUUGGCCGUUUUGUUGUGCUCGCUGGCUGUUGCGAAUUAGAAUAUGAGCGUUAUACACCGAUGCGCGUAUGAGUCGUAAAAGGUGGAUAUUUAAUUGUGGCCAUUUAGUAAGAUAUUGUAAUAGCCCAUGUAGUUAGUCCCUGCAGCCUUGGCGAUACGUAUGGAGCAAACAGCAGCUGUGACAGUCGCCUUGAAUUGUCGGUUGAAGGUGGUCGCGGUCAACUAAAAAGGCUACAAGUUAUCCGGGUUUCUUGUUGGCUGGGGGGAAAGAAGAGGUAUAACCAUGUCUUCGAGAGAAAGAUUUGGUGCAAGGACGACUAAGGAUAGCAUUACUUUGUUACCAUGCUUCUAUUUCGUUGAGCUUCCAAUCCUGGUGUCAUCUGUGGUGAGCCUUUACUUUCUAGAGUGGACAGACAUUUUCAAGCCAGUGCGCUGGGGGUUCAGUUGCCAUGACCGCAGUCUGAGUUUGCCAUAUGUUGAGCCCAUGCACGAGGUUAUUCCCUUCCUCAUGCUCCUCAGCCUCUCUUUUGCUGCACCUGCCAUCACGAUAAUGAUAGGAGAGGGCAUUCUCUUCUGCUGUGUGUCCAGAACUCAGAGCGGCCCUGGAGCCGAGGCCGACAUUAAUGCAGCCGGCUGCAACUUCAACUCCUACAUCCGUCGUGCUGUCAGGUUUGUGGGGGUUCAUGUGUUUGGCCUCUGUGCCACUGCAUUAAUAACUGACAUCAUCCAGCUGUCAACGGGUUAUCCAGCACCCUACUUCCUCACUGUCUGCAAACCCAAUUACACCUACUUGAACACCUCGUGUGACGAGAGCUCCUUCAUCCUGGAGGACAUCUGCUCUGGGCCUGACACUGCCAUCAUCAAUGCUGGCAGAAAAUCCUUCCCUUCCCAGCAUGCCACGUUGGCGUCCUUCGCUGCUGUCUACAUCUCUAUGUAUUUCAACAGCACUCUGACAGACUCAUCAAAACUACUGAAGCCUCUGUUGAUCUUCUCCUUCAUCAUCAGCGCCAUCAUAUGCGGCCUGACCCGCAUCAUCCAGCACAAGAACCAUGCCAUAGAUGUCUACCUGGGAUUCCUCCUUGGAGGAAGCAUUGCUGUUUACUUAGCUCUGAAUGCAGUGGGGAAUUUCCAGCCCAGUGGUGAAAAGCGUGGCGGCUGCGAGCCUCAAGCCCGGGACCCGCUGCAGCCCCUGGCCGAGCUGGGGCAGCGUAGGGGCCACCACCUGCCUGCCAAAAGCUGCAGCAGCAGUGAUGGGCUCUCCUUCUCCCGCUCAGAGAGCAUCCUGCACCGCAGUGCCGCGGCCCGCCAGAGCACCUCCCUCAGCAACCUGAAAAGGUCCAGCGCUGACAUGGAGGCGAUCAGCCCCAUAGCCAGGGAGAACCUGGUGACCUUCAGCCACACUCUUCCCCGGAUCCACUCGGCUGCCAUGGACGAUGACGCCCGGCGCUGCGCCACCGUUCACUCUUCCGUGGACUCCAGUCGCUCCAAGCAACUGCUGUCACAGUGGAAGAGCAAGACUGAGAGCCGCAAGCUGUCUCUGCAGGCCAUGGAGAGAGGAGCAGGCCAGCCAGUGCCUGGAAGCCUGGAGACACGCUCCAGCUCCGAGCCCUCUGCCGUGGGCAUCAGCGGGGAACGCCAGGGCCUCAAACUGACCACCGGGAGUUCUACACUACCCAGCAACCCCAGCGGCAUUGCAGGAGGCACUAGGAUACCCAUUCAGUCCAGGCCAGGCUCUUCCCAGCUGGUGCACAUUCCAGAGGAAGGCCAGGAGUGUGUCAGCACCUCACCAGGCAGCACCAUGCAGGACAACUGGCUGAAGAGCAUGGAGAAGGGUGGGGUGCCCCCCGUCAGGACUAACGGGAAUGGGCAGCCACGUGUCAUGCAGGUCAUUGCUAUGUCUAAGCAGCAGGGUCUGCUGCCAACAGGCUCACCCAGCUCAGAAAGCAGCAGCCACACCAGCUCCACUGCUCCCCUGCACCGCUACAAGAGCCUGACAGAGGAGCCUGGGCUAGCUGCUGCCAGCCAGGGCUCCAUGGGGGCCAUUGUGAGGGUGGAGGCGCACCCUGAGAACAGCCGGCCACUCGUGCAUGCUCACUCCACUGAUGGCAGCGGCUCCUGGACCUGGAAGUCUCAGAGCACCUUCAGGCAGUCCAUCGAGCUCAACGACCUAAACCGAGACUCCGAGAGCUCAGAGGUGGUUCAGGAUGGCUAUGGAUCCACAGACAGACAAAGGAGAAACUCCACCGCUCCAGUCUCUGCCACAGUGCCAACUCUCCCUACCAUCUCUGCUGUCUCCACCCUAUCCAACACAGUGCAAGACCACCACCCUCAUCAGGCCAUCUCCACUAUCCGCGUUACCCCGCUGGAGAGCAGCGAGAAUGGCCCCCAGAGCCGCAAUUCCACCCUUUGCAGGAAGAGCAAUAUGAUCCUGAUUCCUGAAAGAGGAAACAGUCCUGACAAUACCAGAAACAUUUUCUACAAGGGCACUUCCACCACCCUAGCUUUUAAAGAGUAGCAAGCCAAUAAGGCCUUUUCACUGUUUAUUACAAAGAAAAAGGGGGUGAAGAUUGAUCAGAACAUGUUUAUUACACUGAGGUAUUCACUGUAUUUAUCCACAUGUCUGUUUUGUUGUUCUGUUUUGCCCUCUGGAUAGACCUCAUUAUUUUUUGAUGAUUCCUACUGUUUAUCAUGCAUGAGAUAUUUGAUGUAGCGACUGUAACACAAAAGCACAAACUCAGAACUGUUUGGAGGCUGUUGGCCCUUGUGAUAAUGAGGAAAUAUACUGUAGCAUAUCAUACAAAUAUUUUGUUGUAUGUGACACACUGUGAAGUUCAGCUAGUGCCAAGUCUUUAAACACUGUAAACAUCUAAAAUACAUUUAUAAAAGUAAUUUUUUAGUGAUUGUUAGCCAAUGCCCUUAUUUUUUGUAAUGCAAAUAUUUCAUGAAAUUGGUGCUGCCCUACUUAGAAAAUGUAAUAAGACAAGUUAGAAAACUGGAAUAAAGAGAACUUUUGCAAGCUGGCUCUUGAAAACAGACGAAACUAACAUUGUAAUCCUAGUUGUGCACUCUUGAGAAAACUGUGUUGUGAGAAGCUUUUAAUGACCAUAAGUGCUUAGAACAUUCUCUGUAGCUAAUGAUGUAGUCUUAAAAUAUCAUGAAAUAUCAUAUACCUAUGGUAUAUCCUCUUACAUGCAAUAGAAAGGAUUUCUUCUUUCCUCAAGUUAUAUAAUUUCAUCAUGACUUUGUCACCAAUUUACUGGAUUAGUGUCUCUGGCUCUCAAUUGUAUAGAUUUGCUUCACUCUUCAGUGCUGAAUUAUUUAGUGAAUAGUCCGUGUCCCUCACUCACAGGAAGGAGGCGAUAAUAUGUAUGUCUCUGUGUUCUGAGGAACGAAAUGGGUCUUCCUUUAGCACUUAUGAAAGAGAAGGGUGACUCGCAUUGUGAAUCACUGCGCUGCCAUCGUCACAGCCCACACCUCCAGCUGCUCUCUCCCCUUGUUCAUUUUGCACCCGAGUGGACAAAGUGAGCCAACGUAAUGUGGGGAGAAACUAAACGCUACACACCCUCAGUUUGCCUCCAUCCUCCCACUCUUAAAGUCCUGACAAUUUCUUGCCUCUAUCUAUCGGGCUCCUGUGGGCCAAGUUAAUCGUUCAGUACUGUCACUUGGUCCUUGUACAACACUGCACAGUAGAUCUUGAGAAUUCUAGUCACCUAAAGCAUUGUUCAAGUGUUUACUAAGAACAUGCAUAUGGUGGGUUUUAUAAAAAAUAAAGACAAACGCACCAGUUACCUAUUUUUAGAUUUACUUACCAAAUGUGGUACCAUGUCAAUGAUCAAAUGAAAUAGAAUCUGUUUAUUUUAAUAGUCAACAAUGUUAAUCAUUUUCUUUCACAAUGAUUUUGCUGUUUGACUUUUUAUAUAUGUGUAUGUAAACGUACCAAAGGGUAUUUUAAAGAAGCUCUGUGUUUUACUAUGGCAUUUGUAUAUUGGCCUGUAUUCUUCUAAUCCACAUAUACUGUGUCAGCACUGCUAGAUAAUCUGCAUGAUGACUUGAUACUCAACACAUUUACUUUGUUCUUUUUGUAAAAAAAAAAAAAAAAAAAAAGGGAAAAAAAACAUUCCCAUAGCUGCAGGGAGUAAUUAUUUAUACUAGACAAGAAAUAUUGGUCGACAAUCUUCAUAAUGUGUUAAAGUAGGUCUUUGUUGAUUAGAGUAGCAACCUCAACAUGGCAAAGGAUAGACUUUUGAAUCCUGUAUGUGCAUUUGAUAUAAGGAAUGUCUCAAGCAUGCUGUGUACUGAGGUAGUUGCAGUGCUGCCCUGAAACCCUCGUCAGGAUGAUGUUAGAUUAGUUGUGUAUGGAUGUGAAUCUGUUGUCACCUCAGAGGGAAUGAAAGCAGGCUCUGUGCUUAAUAGACUUCCGGAAAACGGGGUCGAUGUGGUGUUCCAGUGUUUAAAUAAAUGUUAUUUAUUCCAGAAUAAGGUCUUCCUCCUUUUCUGACAAGACAAUUUUGUUUGAACAUGUUUUCAUU